CUCUAGUGACUACCCUGGAACAACUUUUUCUUCUGAUCAUUUCAACAACUGAGGAAAAUGACUGAUUCCUUAGACAUGAAGGCACCUAAUAUGACAAACAUGACGUCAGGCUCUGGGGCGCAGGAAGUUAUCGUAUCCAAUGGGCAUACUGAAAGUGAGCCAAAUCCUUUUGCUGAGUACAUGUGGAUGGAACAUGAAGAAGAAUACAACCGACAGGUAGAAGAGGAAUUAUGGGAGGAAGAAUUCUUGGAGCGUUGUUUUCAGGAGAUGCUGGAUGAAGAGGACCAGGAAUGGUUCAUUCCAGAGCGGGAUUUGCCAGGCAUCAACCAGAUGCAACAACAAAUGAAUGGACUAUCCAUAAACGACAGCAGCAAGACAGAGGACCUUGUGAGUAAAAGUACUCUGAAUCCUGACGCCAAGGAAUUUGUUCCUGGAGUGAAGUACUGAAAUUUUGAGAGUCUUGUAGGCUGCCCUCUUCUGGAGGAAGCAAAAAAAAAAAUACAAUUUCUGAACACUGUGAAGCGAGUCACUUUUUAGGAUGGCCAAUUGGUUAUAGAUGCUAUUGGAUUACCCACCCUCUCCCUUUCCCCAUGCCGAAACUUGUUUAGAUCGAAUGCUCUUUUUUUUUUUAAGCUUCAUUGCAGAAAUAACUUGGUCCUUUCACAAUUUCUGAUAUGUGCAAGGGUUCGGCUGGUGUACAGUAUUCUAUUUGCCACGUAUCACAAUGAGUCUGCUACUUUAAAACAACUGGUUCUCGUGGUUUGACGGGAGGAGAACGAAACAAAUUGCCAGAGUCUUGUUCAGUUUAGAGACCUUUUGCAUGUCUUGAAAGAUGGGUUUAAAGUGACAGUGCCUCCCCUUUUUUUUAAAUAAGUUAAGAAUUGGUGUCAGCAUAACAACAAAAGCACUUUGCCAAAAAAUAUAUAUUCUCUAAGAAUAACUACAAACUGCUGGAACCCAACUUGCACUGCUCUGGGUCUCUUACUGCCUGAUUAUAAAUGUCCCUUUCUUCUAAAUUACAAGAGCCUUAUAAAGGUGGGGUGGGGGGGUUGUGGGAUGGAUAUAAAAAAAAGAACAGUAUUACCGCUACCAUUGCCGGUAGUUAGUUUUAUUGUCUGCAAGAUUAUCCUAAAAUAAUACUAGCAGUAAAGGGAAUGCUCUAGCGGCUAAAUGUGUUACAAUACAUAUUGUGAUAUUUUAUUUAGAAACUAUGCGUAUCUUUCUUGGGGCAUUAUUUUUGAAGUGCAGUCCAAAGUGGUUUUUUAAAAAAAAAAGGAAUUUUGUUUAUCUGGAAUGGGGCUGUGGGGGGAAAUCCUUCAAAUAUGUAAAAAAGAAAAUUGGGUUGCACUUUUGAAAAUUGUAUAUUGGGUUUGGGGCUGUUUGGGUGGGAAUCAGGACAAAAGGUUGCUCAUUGGUAAAGAGUGCACAAAUGCUCAACAAAGAGCAUUUUUAACCAGCAAGCAUAGUGAUCCAGUUCAUUACAAAUUUCUCCAAUGGGUCAUUGUUUGUGUCUACCUUGAUGGUGAACAUGGCACUGCCGUUCCAGUCUUUCUCGUUUUCUCCCUCUCUCUCUUCCUCUUUCUCUCUCUCUCUCUCUCUCUCUCUCCCCGUCCCUCCCUCCCUCUCUCCCUCUCUCUCUCUCUCUCUCUCUCGCUUGUUCCCUUGCUCUCGUUGUCUCUUUCACUCUGUCCCUGGGAAGAUGAUGGUGCUCCUUUCAAGAGCUGCAUUUCUUUUUGUCAUUUGGUGUUAAUGCAAGUGGGUGCAAAAGGAAAAUUUACUGGAAAAUAGAGUUUUAUUUUAAAGAAAAACAAUAAGGUACUUGGCCACUCUUCAGCUUAUGUCAGUGAGAAGUUAGCAAGUUUAAGGGUUGAAAGGUUUUUAAAAAGAUCAUGAAUAUAUUCUUUAUUGUAGUGGAGAUGUGCAUGUUCUAGACCUGAUAGUAUAAAGGUGGUUUGCAGGUACUCUAAUUUAAGUAGAGAUGCCAAUAUUUUUGUUACACAUUGUGUUUUGGUGGGAGGGAAUGGAAUAUAGCUUACACUUAGAAGCUUUUAUGAAAUUAAAUUAAUUCAAAAUCCCUGAUGAUCCUGCACAGGACAGAUUUAAUUAUGGUGGGGUGUGGGAAAUUUCAAAGCCUAAUUGUCCAUUUUCCUUUGUGAAAAUUCCACGUGUGGAAUGAUGGGCAAGCUUCGUGCUUUGGUUAUGACUUUUUUUCUGUGCUAAAUGAAAUUGGGUUCUAUGGUAUUAAGUUUUCAAUGAAAUGGGCAGCGAUUUUCUUGUGGAUCAGACCUCAUUUUUGCUAACUCUUUCCUUUGAUUUUCAAAUUUGAAGGUGCAGAAUUUCUUCCCAAGCCUUAUGUCGGUCGAUAUUAUAUCCCAUUUUUAAGCCAUUAUUCUUUAUAAUGUCAGUUUCCUGCCACACCAACUGUUAUCAGUUCUUGUUCCUGCAGUUGCUUAGUGAUAAGAAACACUCAGAUAUCUUGGGUGCAGUUGCCACAAGAAAUGGUUUGGCAAUUUGCGUGAUGCAUGCGGUCCUUUAUUCAUUCCCUUCACCCACUCACCCUGGUUCUGGAUUUACAGCAAAGGUUGAAGUUUCAGUAGAGCGCUUUAAUAAACGAGGAAUCUUCAAAUUAUGUUGUUAUACAGCAUACCAGGUUGUGACAUAAUCCAUGUGACUUCCAGAUUGAACCGCGCUUCAGUGCUAUCUUUAACAUCAGCAAUGUCUUCUGCACACAAAACCUUUGCUGAAACACUUUAUCCAAAAGUAUGUUAUUUCUACAAACUGGGUGGAUGGUUAUGGUAGCAUUUUGAGUCAUUAUGGCCCUUUAAGGUGGAAAUUAUAUUUGUCUCCCUGUGACAUGAUAUUUUAAACGUUUUCCCCUUGCAGUCCUGCCAAUCAAGGCCUGUUCUUUAAUGUUCAUAUUCUAGAGUUCAUUGUACUUGUAGAAACACUCAUGCCAGUUCUAUUUUAGGCAUUGGUCAUUUAUAAUUAUAACCUCAGCAAACUCUCAUGCCUACAGCACUCACCGCUAAUCUAAGGCAGGGUGAAAUGCAGUUCCUCAAACUUUAUGGCCCGACUGAGGGAAAUUGCUUAUUAAUGCUGAAUAUUUGUGACUUUUGUGCUGCGGGAGGGGUUUCCAGAAACCCAUUGCAGCACACACAACUUUACAACCUUUAUUUUCUGGACGUCAUUCCUAUCAAUCUGGAUGGUUGGCAGCUAUAUGAUUGGGUUAAAAAAUUAAUUUUGGUCUCUGCUGUGGCCCAGUGAAUAAAGGCAUUGCCCAGAGGCCCUGAAUUUGGUUAUUGGUGAUUGCCAAAUGAACAUAUCUCUACAGCAGGAGUAGCAGUGUUACUACCUCACUUGGCACCCUUGGACAAAGGAAGACAUCUUAUCAAGAUGCCAUCUGGUUUCUUAUCUUGUCUGGUCUUGAUAGAAGCCUUCAUAUCUGAAGCUUGUUGUGUUCAGUUUUUCUUUAAUGACUCCGGCAGUGUGGUUGUUAUUUUUUUAUUUGGUUGGUUAUCUUUUAUGGGUCAUAUUUGAAUUAAGUGUAGCUGAUACCAACAGAACAAUAUUUGAGAAUGAAUUGAAGAUUACAAUUUGAAUGACAUGGCAGGUUGCUUAGGAGAGGAAUGUAUGGCAUGGCAAUCUUCCUCAGUUGAAACAUCCACCCUGUCCUUUAUUAUUUUGUCCUUUUAAAAGCUAACCUUGAUUUAAAUGUGGUCGUUUUUUUGGAGCAGUUGAUUUUAGUUGGCAAUGACGUGUACCUGUUUUCAUCAAUUCUUAUUAUUUUAUUCAACUUAUCCAUCUGCCAAAAGGGAGAAUAGUGAUUGUUGCUGAAGCGUGCCCUGUUGUAGAUGCCUCCAAUGUUUUGUCAUAAUCAUACAUUUUCAGAGGGUAAUAAUUCAGCUAAUGCUUGAAUUUCGGUGAAUAUGGGAGUUACGGCUGCUUAAAUCAAAGCCAUCCAAAAGAAUGGGGUGCAGGUAACCUGUUUAAAGCAGCAACCAUCCUUUCUCUUAAAAGGCUCAGCCUGGUUAGUCUUGAGUAUAACUGGAAAACUGCCUAUUAAUAUUUAUCUCAAAUUUAGAUUUACCCUGGUGUAAUUCUAACUAGUAAUCAUCAGAUGGGAAUGUAGGUAUCUUUCAAUAAAAUUAGGUUCAAUUAUAAUGUUUAGAUUUGGUAACCAUUUUAAAAUAUUUUACAAAUAUUUCCAGCAGUCAUCCAUGAAUAUUGUUAAUGCCCGUGCAAACUAACUAUAUGCAGUAUUUUUGAAUAUAUUAAAUCUGAUGGAAGUAUAUAUUGCUAUAUAUCUGCCAGCAUCUUUGGAGCAAUAAGAUAACUGCCCAAGAAAAUUCAGUUCUGUACCUCGUAUCACCUUCACUGAGUUUUUAACUUGAUUGUACCAACCAGAACCUUGUAAGAAUUGUUAAACUCAUGCUAUAUUGUAAUCGUGAGUUUUUACCCUCUUCCUUUUGUGCUGAUGUUUCGAAACCACAAGUAAACAAACAAGCUCUCCAGUCCUGGAACGUCCUGUCUUAUUCUGCAAUUGGCCUUGUACUUUGGAAAAAUUGGAGGUAAAACGGGAAUUUUUUUUUGUCUUUCGGUCAAGGCAUUUUAAAAUUCAUGUUGAAAGUUAUCAAAGCUUUUAAUCAGGCAUAGCAACUUCACGGUAACCUAUUUUAUGGAUAACACCUUUCCUUUCUCCUAUUCCAUGCAUACUUUACUAUUGACUUAUUUACUGCCUAGUAUCGAGAGCGGAGGGUGAGCGGGUGCUUUAGAACACCAGGUCGGCAUAUGACAGAGAGUUGAUGUUGUCACCCUAAGAUUACGAAUGCCAGUUUUUGCAGGAACAAAAACGGUUGAUAGCAGCUGUUCUACACUCCUCCAGUAUUCUGGCUGUUCCACGUGUUCAGGAUGUGCAUGCAAUAAUUCAGCAUUUCUCAUUCAUACCUUCAUACAGGGAUAUAACAAAGAAGGAAACUUGAGCACAAGACUGCUGGACUAGUGUAGAUGGUCUAAAAGGACUGGGACUCUGUACCUUUGGCCUCACAUUUCAAAAUUUGCUUUUUAACUGGAGGAAUUGGCACUGGUGCUGGAAUUGUGGACCCUUCCCAUUUUCUGUUAGUUUAGUUCAUAAAUUAACCUUUGAAACCUAUUUGCUUGGGUCAGUGGGUACUUAGUACUAAGAUAUUUAAAGGAGGGGGGGGGUAUGAGGGGGUAUUUUGCUUUUCAUUCAUUCAAUGCCUGAGGACCACAUUUAGAAAACCUCUGCAUGUGGAAAUCGUUUCUGACAUUACAGCAGAAAACAUGCAUUAAAAAAAUGCUUUCUAGCAAUUUGGAAAGUCAUGGGGUUGUGAAAGACGCUAAAGAAGUGCAAGUUUUUUUCUCUUGUGAAAAUAUUACGUCAAUAGGGGGGGGGGGGGGGGGGGGAUUGAAAUAGCCUGUUAAGCAGUACGUUAAGCUUAUGAAACCAAAAUAUUUAAGUUUUAAAAAAAAACCUCAGUUGAACAUAGGAACAUAUUGUGUCUGAUUUACUUCGCUCAUUGGCUGUUUUUUUUUCAAAGAUCUAGCACCGACACUAUGCAUAAGAGGGCAGGGCAGUAUCCUGAUUCGUUUGCUUACAAAUCUCGUUUUGCUUGUGCUGAAGCUCAAAAUCAUCAAACUCAUUGCCCGUUACAAACCAUUUUGGCCGAUUACAAAUUUAGACGCCGUUUGGUGGGUUGGACCGUAAUUCCGUUGGCUGCGGCCAACACACGUUCAAGUGGAGUUCAGGUCAUUACUCCUGUCUCCUGGGCAUCUACCAAUGCCACUCCAUAACUGAUUUUCACAUGGUGAACUGCAGGACCUUGUAACUCAACUCUCCACCCUCCCCCCUCCCCUUGAACCCCACUUCAAUGGGAUUUAUCUAGGAUCUAUUUUAGCAAGAAAUAACCUUCGUCCCUGCCCCAAAUAGCCUCUAAAUUGCCGCUGUGUAUACUUGGCCCAUGAAUUUCAGUUACACAGUAUCACUGUUGCUGUUUUGCUGGCUGGUAAAUAAUGGGUUGGGUCACUCCUGCGGUAAAGUCUGUUUAAACCACAGUUGCCAGUACAUUUCUGUAUUAAUACCAUUUCUGUAUUAAAAAUUGAGUUCUCAGCAUUUUGUCGAGACGAGGGUAUUAUCCGAAUGUGUUUGCGGAUGUAUCGCCUUUGUUUAUUGUUAAUUAUCUGACACAAGUGUGGAAUAAACUUUGUAAUUUACA